AAUGUCAAAAUAGAAAAACAAACAACCAAAAUUUAGAAAUGGCCGAUAAUCCCGAAAAUUCUUCAGAGGAAAUAAUGCGCAAGAAGUCAGAAACCGAGAAUUCCAAAAAUAAUUUGCAGGAUGAAGACAGUGAAAGUACCGAGGAACAACCCCUGGACAUCGGUAUCCACUACCUCGUCCGGAGAAGCGAUAAUUCUUGGUAUCCAGCAGAGAUUAUCCAGUCUAGGUAUAAUGAUGUUGAACGACAGUAUGAGUACUAUGUGCAUUAUGAAGGAUACAACCGAAGGCUGGAUGAAUGGGUUCCCAGAGGACGAAUUAUGUCUUCGAGGUUUAACUUAACUGAUGGUCAAAAGUUGCCAGAUUUGAAAACAUGGAAGGAGGGACCUGUAAUUACUGACCUCUUGUCAGAUAGUUCAGACAGGAAGAUUACAAGGAACCAGAAAAGGAGGCAUGAUGAAAUUAACCAUAUACAGAAAACAUAUGCCGAAAUGGACCCAACAACAGCAGCUUUAGAAAAAGAACACGAACAAAUCACAAAAGUAAAAUACAUAGACAAAAUUCAGAUUGGGAGAUUUGAAAUUGACACUUGGUACUUUAGUCCCUACCCUGAAGAAUAUGGCAGGCAAUCAAAACUUUGGAUCUGUGAAUAUUGUUUGAAAUACAUGAGGCUAGAAAAAAGUUAUAGAUAUCAUAUGAGUGAAUGCACUUGGAGGCAGCCAGUGGGCAAAGAAAUAUAUAGGAAAGGAACUUUAUCAGUCUAUGAAGUAGAUGGAAAGGACCAUAAGGUAUACUGUCAAAAUCUAUGUCUCCUGGCCAAACUAUUUCUAGACCAUAAGACUUUAUAUUUUGAUGUAGAACCUUUUCUAUUCUAUAUUUUAUGUGAAGUGGACAAACAAGGAGCUCACAUUGUUGGUUAUUUUUCAAAGGAAAAAGAAUCUCCAGAUGGCAAUAAUGUUGCCUGCAUUCUUACCCUUCCUCCUUACCAAAGGCAAGGUUAUGGAAAAUUACUUAUAGCAUUUAGUUAUGAACUUUCAAGAUUAGAAGCCACUGUAGGCAGCCCAGAACAGCCUUUGAGUGAUCUUGGAAAGCUUAGCUAUAGAAGUUACUGGAGUUGGGUGCUUUUGGAGAUAUUAAGAGAUUUCCGGGGGACAUUGAGUAUAAAAGACUUAAGUCAAAUGACUAGUAUUACACAAACUGAUAUAAUCUCAACCUUACAAAGCAUGAACAUGGUAAAGUACUGGAAAGGGCAACAUGUGAUUUGUGUGACUCCAAAAUUAGUUGAUGAGCAUAUAAAGUCAAGUCAAUACAAAAGGCCGCGUCUCUGUGUUGAUAGCAAUGCUUUGAGGUGGACGCCCAGGAGGCAUCUCAAUAAUAAGUUGGGAAAGAAGUAGCUGUAGCUAGUAAAGUAUACAAGCCUUUUUUAUUAUAGUUUAAAUUUGUGAUUUUUUUGAUACUGUUGAUUUUAGGUUAGGAUGUUGUAAGAUGUUAUCAUGUAAUAUAUCAUUUAGUAGAUUUAAA